UCAAUUAAAACUUAUAAUAUUUGCGUUUUAACCAAAAGGAUAGUUAUGAUGUUGAAGACAACGCUGGUCCUUUGUGCUUACUUACUGAUCACAUAUGGUGAUUCUUCGGGCGAAAGUGAGCAUAUGAUCUGCAAAAAAAUCAAAAACGUUUUUGAGAGCGAUAUUGAUCAACCUUCGAACAGUUCACCUUCACGUAUUCAGCAGGGUCGUCCCGGUAAAAUUGGACCGAAAGGUGAAGUGGGACCACCGGGCCCAUCUGGAAAUCGUGGGCCGAUUGGCGUCGUCGACUUCGAACUUGUAAACUCGACUACAAGAGAAAUAGUUUCUAAAGCUAUUUUGGACUUACAAGAAGAAAUGCAACGAGAAUGGAAUGAAAAGCUGGAGAGACUAGAUGAAAAAUACCAAUCCAUUGUGGCAACUUUGAAACAACCAUUAGGUCAUUGCGUAAUAGCUUAUGGUGGAGUUUGCAGUUUUAUCUUGAAAGGAGGAUGGAAUUGGUCAACAUCCCUAUCAAAAUGUACUAACGUAGGUGCUCAUCCAGCUGAUAUAUUGGACAACGAGCAUUUGAACUUACUGAAGAACUAUAUAAGAAAAAUCGCAAUGUUGAAAACUGAUAGCUGGGUGGUGUAUUACACUGGGAUGCAGUACAACGUGCAGGCAAAACAAUCAACGCUUUACAAUGGAACUAACGGUGGUUAUGUAGAAUGGUAUCCAGAUGGCAAUGAACCACAACAAUCAUCGCAAAACAUGCACGUUGUUCUUGGAGUUCGCAAAGAUGAAAAUCAGAGCGAAGGAAUGUUCACCCGCAGAGAAACGAAUAGCUAUCAUGGAGUUAUUUGCCAGUUUGAGAUAUAAUAUAUACAUGAAUAUAAUAAUGCCAGCUACACUAUACGUCCCGAGUAUGCAUAAAAUGAAACUCAGAAAUAUAUAUUAUCAUACAGAUUCCUAUUUCUCAAAGUAUGAUGUGACUGGAGCUAGUUCACCAAAUAGAUAACGUCCCUGUUGUGUCA